UGCCACCUGUCAUGAGCAUCAAACAGGACAACUAGUAGAAUCGCGUACUCUGUGACCGAAGCUUCCCCAGAAGGCUGCAUCGUCUCAGGAUCGCCAUUUUAUAUGUUUGGCUCUGAGACUGGGACGGUGGGUGCGUGUGGUGCAAACUACAGAGCGUAUUCCGUGUAUUAUCUGCAAGAUGUUACCCAAAUACUUUGCGCCCGACAUGUACAAGUAACGACAGGUGUCGGAGUGUGUGAUCGGGCAGCGAAGGCUCGGGCCGAAAUGGUCCCGGAAUAGUGAGCUGUGCGUGAGUGUGUUUUCAUCGAGUAAGUGCGUCGCACACUGGCUUUUCACUGCUGUCACCAUUUGUUAAAUACCUGUGCCAUUCGGGAAGUCGGCUUUGGGUCAAAUUACGGACGGCCUCUGGAUUCCUUGCGACACCCUCGCCAUCAUCUACGAUGAGUUCGCGCAACAUACCCUCAGACAAGAUAAAUCUACGCCUCAUUCUUGUCAGUGGUAAGACAAAAGAGUUCCUAUUCAGUCCGAGCGACUCUGCGGGGGACAUAGCGCACCAUGUGUUUGAAAACUGGCCGGAAGACUGGGCGGAAGAGGCAGUCGCUAAAGCGGAGAUCCUGCGGUUAAUCUACCAGGGCCGUUUUCUGCACAGCAAUGUCACGCUCGGUGCUCUUGGGCUUCCUUUCGGGAAAACCACGGUGAUGCAUCUGGUCCCACGAGAGAACCUUCCCGAGCCUAAUUCUCAAGAUCAGAGGCAAAAAAGUAAAGGCGGCGGGAGUAGUUGCUGCUCAGCUUCCUGUUGCAUACUUUAAAGAAAAGAAAACUUGGCUGCCCUGGAUAUAUUUUGAGGUCGUUCCGUGUGAGAGCCAGCUCCCAUAUUCUUCAAGCUGAGCCAUGGUUUCUAAGGUUUCGACGCUGGUGUAUCAUUGUUAGUGGCUGAGCCUCGUGAGCAUUGUAGCAAAGCAAAGUUGUCGCAUCCUUCGCCGAUUCAUCUAAAUUAAAACAAAAAAAAAAAAAAAGGAUUUAUUUUGGUUCAUCUGCAACGCACGCUAAAAACAUCGUUCACCGUCCCAAGUGAACAAAUUCUGUCAUCAUCAGUCUCUUGAAGAGAAAAAAAAUAUAAUGGAAAAUUUCAAAGCCAGAUUUAUAUGUCUAUAACAUCGUAUAAAUUCUAAAAAGAAAUUGUAAUGUAAGCCAAACAACAUAAUUUUUACAUGUUGUUUUAUAUUUUGUUUUUUGGUAAUUGUGUAUACAAAGAUCUAUUUAUAACUUACAUCGCGUCAGAGAUUGUCAAGUUUUUAGGCAUAUCGAUGACCUGGUUCGACAUUGGAACACAUAAUAUCGAAAACGCCGUUCAGCUUUCACAGUCCAGAAAUCAAGAGGAAAUUACGUGUUUCAAGGAACAUCAACGAUCAUCCUGUUUGAUUCGUUCGCUUUUGCAAUUUAUUAUUAAUUAUAUCACAUAUAAGAGAACAUGAUUCUAGUAGAAGAUGAAUUCCUCAUCAGAAGAAAUAGGAUGUUAAAGCCUUUCAAUGAAAUAGGGGUUGAAAAUACGCUCUGUUGAACGGCGCUAUACGAUGCUUAGAAUCUCAACCACUAUUCGACUAUACUGCAGCGUUAAAUAGUAAUUAUUAUUGUAGACAGGAUCCGUGAAUGUGUUGCGUAUGAAUGAAUGUUGCAUUUGAAAGAUCAAUGGAGAGGAAGAAAGAGUGUGUAUAUGUGUGUGUGUGAAAGAAAGAGGGAGAGAGAGAGAGAGAUAAAUUUAUGUUGUGAUAUGCAGGUAGUGAAUAUAAUUAUAUAUUAUACAUACUAUUAUUAAAAUUAUAUAUAUAUUAUAUAUAUAUAAAAUUAUAUAUAUAUAUAUAAUGGUAUGAGACAUGUUGACACGCAGUUAAACUCUCAUACACAGGAUAGACUUUAUUAACAUGAAUUUAAAGUAAUAUUAUGACGCCACUUUGAGAGUUUAGUAUUCUGGAAUAAGAUUACAGAGGAAAAAGAACAUUGGAUCUCUAAUGGUAGUUAUGAUUAAAUAAACAUUCAAAUAUA